AAUGUAACAAUGAAAAAUAUAAGGAGAAUUUAAACAUUCCAAUGAUAUGAUAUAUUCAUUAUACUAACUUGAAAUUAAAACAUCUGUUAAACAUUUUAGUAAUAUUUAGAACAGGCAAAUUGUACACUCCUGUCCUUAUAAACACUAUACCAUAGGAUUAUCACCUGCAUAAUAUGACCAUCUACAUACAUAGUACACUGUCAUAUUUUGCACCUUGCAUCUUACUAAGGCUAGAAGAGGUAAGAUACCUUCUGGAAAUGGUGACAUUUUACCCCUUGCUAAGCAUGCCUUAAUAUGCUUAUGCAUUUUGAUUGGUCCCAAAUACAAUUGUGAGCUGAAAUGCUGUAACACUGUGAAAUUUCCACAGCAGCUGAAAAUGUCAGUCAUUAGAAAUAUUCUAGGAAAUCUUGGCCAUCCUUUGGGCAUGUUCCUAUUUCCUACCUGUUCUUGUUGAUCACUUGGUUAUGAUCCACACCAAGAAUUUUACAGUUGUUUCCUAUACCAUCAUCAGGAUGGGACUUGCUCCAGGGACUUUUGCUUUUGCAUGUUGGAUUUGCUGUCUUGGUACCAUUCACAUUGGGUUUGUCUGACAGCCUGUUAUGUCCUGGGAGAUUUGAACUUGGUAGUGGAUCGAAUCUUCAGACCUGAGAAUAUUCCUCCAUUAUUCACAUAUUUCAUUGGAUUUGUUUUCAGUGGGGCAUGUCAAUGAUUGAUGCCUUUGCCACUCCUGUGGUCUCUCACCCAGUGGCUCUCACUAUGGAUGUCAUCGGCCAGGACUGGUUUAAUCUUUUUCUGUAUGUACACCCUCCUCUUCAUUUACUCCCAGAUGUCUUGAAAUUUAUUUCUUGUUGAGUCACGUUGUAGCAUGUUUUGCACUGCUGAUGCAUUCACUGUUCUCUAUCAUUGGGCUGUAUUACUGUUGCCACCUUUCAGCCUUCUUUACCUGGUUUUAUCUUUUCUUCCUUUGUUUUACUGGAACAUUAAUGUUUUAUAUGCUCUUACUCGGGCCCUGUUUGACCUCUAGGCCACUUGCUCCUAUUACCAUCCCUCUCUUAAAAUCUGUUUCCUUCUUCUUGUUGCUAGUAGUCAUUGCAGAUCUGCACUGGAUGCCUCCUGUAUAUUGUUCACAGAUUUUCCUUGAGUUUAUUCUCUGACACUCAUUUCUUCUCAAGAUUUGAGUUGCUUGGGAGAGAGGUUGUAUCUUUUCUUCCAUAUCUCUUCCAUCGAUCCCGGCCCUUUACAAUUAUACUGACCAUAGUUCUAGUUUUUGUCCACUUCAGGUAGUCAGGUGUUACUUGGCACAUACAGCUCCAUUUUGAGGCAAAUAAUUAUUUUCAGAAAUUUCACAAUACUAGUAGUAAUGGAAUUAAUUAAAAUGACUAGUUUCUUUUAAGUAACAGAUUUCCAUGUGGAUAGGACAGUCUGUGAGAUAUAAACAACAAAGCAGGUGUGGGAUCAGUUCAAUGGGAAAAGGGAAUGGGUUGUUUAUAGUUAAGUGGAGUAGGGCACUAGGUGUUGCAAGUGCUACUAAUUAUACUGUAAGGGCAACUUUAAACUAUGAUUAUACAGUGGAGAGAGCCAGAAUAAUGAAAAAAAAAUGUAGAGAAGAAUAUAGUGUAGGAACAAAUUGCAAAAGUAAUUUUAAUGGUAGGAUAAACUGUUUAUUAUUGUAAUGCUAAAUGUAUAUAAAAUAAAAUGGACAACUGUAGAACAGAUAGGAAUAUAGGAUUUUAAUUUAGUGAGACUAAUUGAAACAUGGUUAAAUACAGACAAUUUUCAUAACAGUAAUUGCUUUGAAUUACAGAGUACUGAAAAGAGGGAGAGGAGUGGUUUUACACAAAAAUAUGAGUUACAUCUUGGUAAACAUGAAGAUAUCAAAGCUAACAGGAAUGAAGUUGAAUCUGCUUGUGUUUCUGUUAGUGUUUAUAAGGAGAGAAGACUAUUAGAAUUUGUUACAAACCACCAGAUGAAACUGAUGAAAAACUAAUCUGAGAUUAGCUCGGCUGUAGAUGAGGCUGUGAUUAUGGGAGAUUAAUUAUAGACAUAUAGAUUAGUUUUGUUCACCAACUGGUUAGGGAACCUACUAGGAACAAUGCUAUUUUAGAUUUAUUGUUAUCUUCUAAUACAGAAAUGGUGUACAGGUUGGAGAUUGAGAACAUUUACAUGCAAGUGAUAAUUGCUGAAUUAAAUCAUGUUUUGCUUCAUACUGAAAUACAGAUUAAUGAUAUUUUAGUUCCAAUUAUUAAGAGCCAUUUCUUGAAUGGGUUUUUCAAUUAUCUGUCGUGAAUUGGGCAACUGAAUUAAUUAGAGACAUUAAUCAAAUAUGGAAGAAGUUUUAAAUCUUAAAUAUUCAAGGCAUGUUCUUCAAAGGGGGAAAAAUGGUGACUGCAAGUAAAAAACUAGGUUGGUUCACCAAUGGCAUAAAGGAAAAAAUUAAAAACUAUACAACAAAGUGGUGUUAACAGUGGUUAUACAAUGAAUUUAGUUAACACAUUGUGUAAAAAAUUGAAAGUUAUCAAUUUAAAAUCACUACAUCCACAUACUGUACCAAAUGACAACAAAAAGAAAUAAUUGAAGGUGAGCUACAUAAGAAAACCUUUUCACAAAAUUUAUAACAUACUGAACAAAGAAAUCUACAGAUCGGCCUUGUACUGUAGAAACAACCUACGAAAAAUGUUAUGUAACAGUAAAGACAGAAUAAAAAAAUAUGCCAACAGUGGUGUUUACCAAUUAAUGUGUCAAGGCUGCAAUAGUGUAUAUAUAAGUCAAACAGGACGUUCCAUAGAAAUGAAAAGUAAAGAAUAUUCUGUGAGUUAAAGAAAAUGGAUUCAACCAUUGCAUCCCACCUUAUUGAAACUAACAACCAAUUUGAUCCAGAAAAAACAACUGGAAGAUUUUACGUAUCUGUGCAAAAGGUGCUAAAUUUUUAAAAUCUUCGCAACCUACUUCAAGCAGAAACCGAGUACAAAGGUCAUAACUAGAAGAGAAUUUCCGUUAUGUCAUCUUACCAGCACAAAUCCGGUGCACAAAAGAGGCGUGAACGGGAGGCUCGGCAAGAAAGGGAGAAGGAAAUGAUCCGUGAUUGUCAGACGUUAUUUGAGGUUGGCUUCCAGCACGAUCAGCAGCAUACAGAUCCAGUACAUAGGCCUACCUUAGCAGGCUCAGUUCUGGAGAUUAUGAUCAUGACAGUAGGCUUGACAUAGAAGAUCAUCAUGAAUUGCCAACUAGGCCAGAAACACAGACAGAAGCAGAGAUGGCCCAAGAAGGCCACAAGAGCCAGCAUUCAACAGAAAACAAGCUUACAACAUAUGGGGUUGAUAUUGGAAUUUGCCCAUAAGACAUCCCAACUAAAGAAUAUAUAGAAGACAUGAUUCGGAAGGGGCCUCUGCCACACCCAAAAGAUUUCCCUAAUGAUUUUACCAGACAAAAAGUUCCAAUGUCUGUUCUCAAAGUCAGAACAUCAAAUGGCAAAAGCGAGAGAAGAGGUUGGCUUGUAUUCAGUCCUGGAAAACAGUCCUUGUAUUGCCUGCCUUGUAGGCUUUUCUCUCAUACAGUGGGCUCACAACUGCAAAGGUCACAGUCGAUCAUGGCAUCCAAACAAGGCUGGUGUACAGAACAGAAAUGGAAAAAACUGUUUGACAGGUUGCCUCAACAUGAAAACACUUCAGCACACAAGAACUGUUAUCUAGCAUGGCGUGAGUUGGAGAGGAGGUUAGAAAGUGAUACUGGGAUUGAUGUGAUGUCUCGCAAAGAAAUCAUGAGUGAGACUGAGAAAUUGUGAAAUAUACUUACGAGGAUAAUUGAUGUAGUAAUUUUUCUUGGCCAAAGAGGACUUGCUUUCCGUGGCUCAUCCCAGCGAAUUGGCGACAUUCAUAAUGGGCACUUCUUGGGGAUCAUUGAACUCUUGGCCAAUUAUGAUCCAGUUCUAGCCGAACAUGUUGCAAAGAUAUGAGCUUCGGAGUCACAUUUUGGAUGAAAUAAGAGCCGCAAAAUAUUAUUCAAUCCUGUUUGAUGCAACACUGGAUUCUAGCCAUGUGGAGCAGACAACAUUCAUCAUUCGUUAUUUGGCCAAGUAUGAUACCGAAUAUGCAGUUCAAAAACGAUUUUUAACAUUUGUUGCUUGUUGUAAGAAGACAGGGACUGAAUUUGCAAGCCUGAUUAUGGAAACACUCAAGCAUUUUGGGAUACCUAUAAUAGAUUGUCGUGGACAGGAUUAUGAUAAUGCUCUCAACAUGUCUGGCAAGUACAAUGGUACCCAACAGCACAUACUUGCUGUUAAUCCACUGUGCAUUUAUUCUCCAUGUGCUAAACUUAUGUGGAGUAGAUUCUACAUCAUGUUGCAUGGAGGCAGUUUCAUUUUUUGGAGUAGUGCAAACAGUUUACAAUCUGUUUUCUUCCAGUCCUUAGCACUGGGCUAUUCUCAAGGAGCAUGUGGGUGAAUCCAUCCACGCUUUGUCAGGUACUUGUUGGACAGACGGAGUGACAAGUGCAAGACCAUUGCAGUUCAUCUUGCUGAAAUACGACUCGCGCUGUCUCUCAACCUCACGCCAAAAACCAUUGAAGUUAGUUGCGUCAUCAAAUACGUGUCAUCCUUCAUUUGCAUCCUUAUGUCAUCGAUGUGGCUGAAGAUUCUCGUACAGAUCAAUAGGAAAAAUCAGAUCAUCCAGGCAAGAGACGCUACAGUGGAUGUAGAGGUCUCAAAUCUAGAGUCGCUCUUGACCGAUCUUGAGGAUCUACAUGGGAAAUGACAACAGAUUUUAAAUGAAGCGAAACUGGUUUCUGAGAAAAUCGAAAUUGAACCCCCAUCUCCCAUCAAAAUGGAAAGUUAAUAAAAGAGCAAGACUUAUUGUCAUUGAGGAGGAUGAUGUCAUUGAGGGGAGAAUGUCCUAGAAAAUUCUUGUGAUGGCUCAGAUGAGCCUGAAUCUGAAUUCAAACAGAAUGUCUUCUUUGUUGUCAUUAAUUUGGAGUGUCAAAGCGGUUUGAUGCUGCAAACACAAUUAAUUGAUUGUUCUGCAUUUUGUGGCAAUAUAGAAGCAUGACAGAAGAGAAACUCAAACUUGCAUGUGCAAGAUUAGUGGACAAAUACCCAGACGAUCUCUCGGAAUCCAUGCAAGAGAAAAUGGGGCACCUUAAGGCAAUACAUGCAUCAAAUUUUGGUGAAGAUAUGGGGCCAUAUCAACUUUUAAAAACAAUAAAAAGGUAUAAGUUAGAUGGCAUUUUCCCAAAUGUAUGUAUUGCACUGCAAAUAUUCUGCACAUUGCCAGUUACAGUAGCAUCUGCUGAGAGGUCUUUCAGCAAACUAAAACUCAUCAAGAGCUUCUUGAAGAGCAUGAUGACACAGGAGAGACUGAAUGACCUAGCCGUCCUUAGUAUUGAGAGCAAACUUGCGGGGAGAAUUGACUUCAGUAAAAUAAUAAAAACAUUUGCUUUAAAAAAGGUCGUGAUGGGUUCAAGUAAGUCAAGCUUAUUGGUAAUGCCUCCUGAAGUUCGUGAACUCCAUAUAGCUGUCAUGAGAAAUGAUGUAGCAGCAGUUCAGAGUUUGACAGAUAAAAAUGUUGAUGUGAAUUACCCUUGGCAAAGUGCUGAACUACCUAGCAUUAAAGAUGGAAGUACACCCCUCUGUGAAGCUGUGUCUUUGAACCACAGAUUAAUAAUAGAGGUUCUCUUGCAAGCAGGAGCAGAAGUUAAUAAACCAGACAGCUUUGGAUGCACACCCCUUCAUAAGGCAGCCUAUCAUGGCAGAGCUUUCCUAACAGAAAUGUUAAUAGCUUCAAAUGCAGAUGUCCACCUGAAAGACCACAACGUGAAUACACCGUUACACAUUUGUGUUCAAAAUGCCUUAGUUCAUAAUAACACUGAUACAGUGCGAGCACUGUUGAGGGCAAAAGCUGAGGUUAACAAUCCCAAUCGGUAUGGAAAAAUUGCUCUUCACUAUGCUGCAUUAUGGGGGUUAGGAGAAAUUACAGAAGUUUUAAUCAAGGGACAUUCAGAGAUUGACCAUAUGGACCUAAAAUGGAGAACUCCUUUAUAUUGUUGCAUUCGUGCCAUUAAUGUACUGCAGCGGAAAAGAGACACCUUUCAACAGCAUCUUCCAGCUAUUAAGGUGCUAAUCAUGUCUGGAUGUGAUCCCUUGAACCUAUCAUCAUGGCUGCGGAAAUACCAGAUACUGACACCAUCUUACCAUAUGGAUGAGGGCUUCUACAUGUGGUACAUUAGUGCUUAUCCUGAGUCCCUAAAGCACCUGUGUCGUCAAGCCAUACAACAAUAUCUUGAUUAUCAUGAUGAUAAUGCUGUCAGAAUUCGAGUAUUACCUUUACCUAAAACAUUAAUUGAUUAUUUAUCAAGGAAACUUCUCUAAGAAAAGUAUUUGUAAGCUUCUUAUAAGAUUCCAUGAAAGCUAAUCUUACUACCCAAGCUUAUUAACUGUACAGAAUUUAAUGCCAUUACAAAUUAAACUAAGGCCUUUGCUAUGUAAGCACUGUCAAAUGUCAUGCCAUCUGAUUUUUACAAUAGUUAAUUGUGAAAAGUACAAAAACCAUAAAACACUAGUUUUGUAAAUUGUUGUAUUUGUUUUUCUACAUCUUAUGACCUUAUUUGAGAAUUAUGGCCUAAUAAUUUAGAAUAUAUAAUACUUGCUAUUCUGUAUGAUAGUAUUGGUACCGUAAUUGUAAGUAUAUUUAUAAUACCUAAGAAAUUAUGAUAUAUAAAUAAAAAAAGUACUUUAUCGUUUAAUACUUUUUCUGUGAUAACCUUUAUAUGAACCAUCUUGCAGUUCAGAGUUAGGUGUCGGUACCACUUAUCUUUGUUUGUAGCUAGCUCUGUAGAUAUAUAUUACUGAAAGUUUGUUGUUAAAUAAAUAAUAAAGGUGUGUGAUGAUGUCCAUUAAAAUGAGCAAUAUAAUGAAAAUCUCAAUGUUUGUGUUUUAUUGUUAUGUUAAAUAUUUAAAUACAGAGCUUCUAUUGUCAGAUUAUCAAUUUAUCAUUAAAUUUUAAUAACAUUUGAUAUACAUUCCAAAAAAGUUUGAAAAGUUUUUUUCAUGAGGCAUUUUUAACUUUCCAGAAUAAGAACUGCCAUGUAUUGUAUCUGAAGCUAUAAGUGAGUUUGAAGUUGGUCACUACAAAUAAAACCAAAUACAAAGUGUU